AUUUCCUGGUAGUGACUUAAUAGGUGUUACUAAUCUGGAGCGCUUUGUCUCUGCAGUCUGCAAAAAAUUUUUAAAUUUUUAUUCUUUUUGAGAAAAACCGCCAUUACAAUUUUGCCGCAAUUAUCUAAAAACUGUAUUAUUAUCCUUUUUAAUUAUAAUAAUUGAGAAAUGGAUAAAUUAUUAGCAGUUCCGUCCACUAGUGGCAUGGCUCAGCAGCCACCGAGGUCGCGAUCGAGGUCUCCCAGUCCACACUGUCCGCACCGGCCAAAAGACAAAUUCAUCACAAUCUUCCAGACAUUCGAAAAUGCAUUCCAGGACGGAAUGCAUUUACAAAAAGUCGGAGAGAGGACGUUGAAAUACAACAAUACAAACAUCGAAGUUGAUUGUAUUUCAACGUCACCAAACCAGUCCCUGGAAUAUAUAAAAAAACAAAACAAAAAAGGAACCUGCGUCAUUUUGUUUGGGCGUAGUGGCGCAGGUAAAACGGCAUCCUUGGUUGGAUAUGGGCAGUUCGGAGGGAUGAUUCGGGAGUACCAUGGAGGUUGCCCAGAUAACUUGGAAUUAAGAGCACUAGAAGUAAGAAAUAGGACGGGCCGUGAUUUAGUCGCCCUGGAGGAUCCCUGGACGAACGUCGAGAGGCUGGAUUGGGGGAGAGUCGAGGCUGGCCGUAUUGAAGACCUCAAUCGAGUGAUGAAGGCGCGGACAACAAUAAAAACCGGCCUGAACGCUAGAUCGUCCAGGACGAUUUUAUACGUCGAAGUGACUAAUGUCCAGACUCAAGAUCGAGUCUUCUUCAUCGACAUGCCCGGGUCACAAGGAGCGGAUGCUGCAGAUGCUGCAACUCUGACAACUGCAGAAAAAGAUCUCGUGAGCUCUACUCGGCGAACUUUCGUCAACGACCUCAGUUCAUUCAAACACUAUAUUAUCGAUUAUAAUAUCCCUCUGUCCGGCACACCAUAUUUGAAUGAGCUGAGGCGGCGGAUUUACGGUGACCGUACAAACGUUUCGAAUUCGAACAUGUUUCUUGUCGUUUGUGCGUCGUCACCGCUGAAUGAAGCCAAUACGAUGGAGGUCGGUAAUCUAUUGCGGGACAUUAGCUUACAACGGGACCCAAAUUUACAGCGGGGUUCUAACCGAUCUCCAUCCCCGAACAUCAAUGCUGGAGAGCCGAGUAGAGACUCGUUAAUGCGGGCCAACCAAGAACUCCGGGCUGAGAAUGAGCGCCUUCGCCUAGAGCUCAAUAGACUGCGCCUGGAAAAUGAAGAUCUUAGGCGAAGGCUAUCAGAUCACGAACAAGAGCGAGUGUUGGAUGGUGUUGAGCACGAAGUUGCGGCGGAAGCAGAAGUGGAGGCAGAAGUGGCAGUAGCAGCUGGUGUGGCGAGGGCAGAAGAGGAAGAAGAAGUGUCAGAUGAACAAGAGAACGAUGAUGAAGAUAAUGAAGAUGAUGAAGAUAAUGAAGAGGAAUCCGAUGACGAUGAUUCUUUUCUUGGCGUGCCUGGUUUAUUAAGACCAGAGUUUUUAUUCAAAGGUACCUGGUAUGCCGUAGACCAGCCUGCAAACUAUAACAGCAUCGACUGGAAUGCGACCAUCUUGCAGGUUGGUCCUACGGAUUAUAAGUGCCUUCGAUGUAAGAAAACAUUCUGGAAAUGCCGCAUCCGACCACACGUCUGGUUUGCGGAGUUGAAAGGGAAGGUACUGUGCAAAAUAUGCAAUCAACCCUUUGCACAUUUACAGUACCUUCAUGAACAACACCGCAAAAACUGCAAAGGGCAGAAGCUCAAGCCAGGACGUCCCAAGAAAAGAAGAAACAAUAAAUAA